AUGGAGCAGUCCUUAUUAAAUCAUCAGGAAAAUACCCUGCACCACGCCAUUGGCUAUGUUCUGGUUAUAGCCAGGCUGUUUGGAAUACUGCCUCUUUCCGGAGUUUGGCCGACUGAUCCGUGGGAGAAAGUUCGCUUUCGCUGGUUAUCUCCAUACGUUCUACUUUUUAUUGGAGUUUGUAUCUUUGUAAUAAUGGAUUUCUUGUUGUCUGCCAAGCUAGUGUUUAAUAAUGGCCUUAAAAUAUAUACAAUUGGUUCUCUCAGCUUUAGUGUGAUCUGUACAUUCUGGUUUUGUGCCCUUAUAGGCCUAGCCCCUGAAUGGCCAACCAUAAUCCGGGAAACCUCGCUAUGCGAAAGGAUCUUUUUGAAACCCUGCUAUGGAUCUCCCCAAGGACUCAAAUUUAGUCAGAUUAUAAGGCGCUGGAGCUUCAUCCUUGUCCUGGCCGCCGUCUGUGAACAUCUCACCUAUGUGGGCAGCGCCGCUUGGAGCAACUAUCAACAGAUCAAGGAGUGUAAUCUGCAGAUUGGUUUUUUGCAGAACUAUUUUAUACGCGAACGUCAAGAGAUAUUUUCUGUAAUUCCCUACAACCCCUGGCUGCUACUCUUCAUCGAGUGGAGCACUCUAUCCAUGACCUUUGUGUGGAAUUUCGGGGAUAUAUUUUUGGCUAUUCUCUGUCGCAGUUUAAGAAUGCGUUUCCAGCAGUUGCACUGGCGGAUUCGUCAGAAUUUGAACUUAACGAUGAGCAAGGAGUAUUGGCAGGAAAUACGUUCCGAUUUGCUGGAUCUCCAUGAUCUCCUGAAGCUCUAUGACAAGAAGCUAUCUGGAUUGGUUUUGGUUUCUUGCUCACAAAAUAUGUAUUUUAUUUGUGUCCAGGUUUACCGGAGUUUUCAAAUCAAAGGAGCUCCCAUGGAUGAAGUCUACUUUUGGUUUUCUUUGCUGUAUGUGAUCACCCGUUUGGGGAACAUGAUAUUCGCCGCCUCAUCCAUUCCCCAGGAGGCCAAGGAUAUUCUGAAUACCCUUUACGAAGUUCCCUCCCGAUUUUUUUGCGAUGAUCUGGGACGUAUGACUGAGAUGCUGCGAAAUGAACAGUUUGCUUUGAGUGGAAAAGGAUUUUUCUAUCUAACCCGAAGACUUAUUUUUGCUAUGGCCGCUGUGAUGCUGAGCUAUGAACUGGUCCUGUUCCACGAAAUGAAGGGAGCUGUGACGCAGAAAAGCAUCUGCAGUGGCGGUGCCGGCUCCUCCAUGAGCAUAUUCUACUCCUAAGUACUCCU